AUCCCCAGGGUCCUGCCCCGCUCCCGCGGGCUCCUGCACCCGCUACGCAGCAACCCCGCUGCUGCUCCAGCGAAGUGUGAGGUCCCAGGAAGGUGGCGUCAGCAUCUGCAGCCGUGUCGACGUUGUCGGAGCCUCCGCGGAGGACCCAGGAGAGUCGGACUAGGACCAGGGCCCCGGGCCUUCCUACCCUCCCUAUGGAGAAACCAGCUGCCUCAACGGAACCCCAAGGGCCUCGGCCCGCCUUGGGCCGCGAAAGUGUCCAGGUGCCAGAUGACCAGGACUUCCGCAGCUUCCGGUCAGAGUGUGAGGCUGAAGUGGGCUGGAACCUGACCUACAGCAAGGCCGGCGUGUCUGUGUGGGUGCAGGCUGUGGAGAUGGAUCGGACUCUGCACAAGAUCAAGUGCAGGAUGGAGUGCUGCGAUGUGCCAGCUGAGACGCUCUACGAUGUCCUGCAUGACAUAGAAUACCGGAAGAAGUGGGACAGCAACGUCAUCGAGACUUUCGACAUUGCCCGCCUGACUGUCAACGCUGACGUCGGCUAUUACUCCUGGAGGUGUCCCAAGCCUCUGAAGAACCGUGAUGUCAUCACCCUCCGUUCCUGGCUCCCCAUGGGCGCUGAUUACAUCAUUAUGAACUACUCAGUGAAGCAUCCUAAAUACCCACCUCGGAAAGACUUGGUCAGAGCUGUUUCCAUCCAGACGGGCUACCUCAUCCAGAGCACGGGGCCCAAGAGCUGCGUUAUUACCUAUCUGGCCCAAGUGGAUCCCAAAGGCUCCUUACCCAAGUGGGUGGUGAAUAAAUCAUCUCAGUUCCUGGCUCCCAAGGCCAUGAAGAAGAUGUACAAGGCCUGCAUCAAGUACCCCGAGUGGAAGCAGAAACACCAGCCACACUUCAAGCCAUGGCUGCAUCCGGAGCAGAGCCCGUUGCCCAGCCUGGCACUGUCAGAGCUGUCCGUGCAGCAUGCGGACUCCCUGGAGAACAUCGACGAGAGUGCCGUGGCGGAGAGCCGCGAGGAGCAGCGAGCAGGUGGUGCAGGUGGAGAAGGCAGCGAUGACGACACCUCGCUCACCUGAGUACAGCCCCUGUGCAAAGACCAUGACAGGACUGGGGCUGAGCCCUGGGGCACUGGGCCUUCUGCACUUCCUCCCUUCCCCCACCUGCCUUCUGGGGGCACUGGGCUCCUGCUCAGGUGGUUGUGGCCUGACUGGACAUGGCCCCAAUAAACAAACCGCACAGCCCCA